GACUUUCGCUUGUUACCUUAACAGCUACACGGCAGUGUAUUACGUUGUCCUAUUUCAAACAUUGGCCAAAACUCAGGUUCACUGAGAACAAAGAAUACAUUGUGGACCACCAGGCUCGAGGAAAAGCGUUUGAGCAGUGCAGACCCUUCUCCGUAGUCUUUUUAUCGAUGCAAUCGGGUCCUUUGCUGUUUCUUCACCUUCCAUUCUGCAAUUGUAUCCAGCGCUCGCACACCAACUAGUUGUUUGAUAGGGUGACUCGAUGCUUUGAUCCUAGUAGCUGAACAUGGAAAGUGAUAACCAAGUCGCGGUUGGAACUUGGUGGGUCCGCGUUGAUCCUCUGUUUCUCCAUCAUCGCGUGCAUGAGAGCAGGAUAAGACGUUCUGAUGCCCGUUCUUACUUCGUUGGGUAACUAUAUCUACGUUUGGAUAGUUCUGUCGCGGCCCGCUCGAGUCAGGAGGAGGUACGUAUGCGCUCGGUUCCACGUUCCUUGCCCAAGCACUCAUAUCCCCCAACGCAUCACCAAUAGCCAUGCUCCUCUGAGCAUCCAGAAAGAGUUAUAUUGCGAGACGCACUUACGCAACAAUUUGUUAUUCACCAUUCUGGCCCUUUGUCUCGUCAGAAUGCCGCCCCUGUGCUUUAGUCCGCCGGUGCAAGCGCCGUUGCGUCGGCAUUGAGACAUGUGCUUCGAUUGCAUUUCUCGCGCCCUCACUGCCUCUGGCCCCCGAGGAUUUGUACCCCGCCUUCUCUGAAGAACAGGAUGGCCACCAGUUCCAUCCCUCUCCCUCUUGUCCUCACCCUAGCCUCAACUCACACCGAGAAUCAUCUUCAAGAUGCAAGAACCCUCCGAACAGCACGAAGACACAACGUCGAUGACUGUGAAGAAGACACCAAAUGCCUACAUCCUGUUCCAGAAUGCAGUCCGUGGUGAAGUGAUGUAUCAACUGCAAGAACUCGGACACAGUACUGCCAACUUUUUAUGCGGAGGCCGGAAGACUGCGUGCUGUACGGGAAGAGCGAUAUCCUGGUGUCAAAUCCGAGUACAAGCACAAGAACAAGGCAAAGAAGAAGGGACCGGUAUCCGAGGCAACCAGCAGCCGCGACACUCAUAAGUCUGGGAACGAGUUCCAGUUUCAAUCUGCCAACAAUCCUCAAGAUGCCCAGGUGGUGAGUUGGUGAAAUCCGUUGUAUGGACGUGAAUGGCAUUUGACGUCAAAUAAGUCUGGAAGGCAGCCAGGUGUUGAAGUCGGAACCCCUGUAUAUGAUCAGAUCAAGUGGGAGCGCAUUCAAGUCGACCAACUCCAUGAUCCAACAACCUGGCAUCUAGAGAAGUCGUUGAAGGUCCCAGCGGAAGCGCCGCCUGAGAUGUAUACUGUCUUUGACACAAACGCGACGCAGAUCCCAUCAGAGGCUUCGAGUAGUACGCAGAACACAUGCCUUCUCGAUCCGCUUGAUUUCCCUUGGAUCGAUCCAAGCCAGAAUACCCCAUAUGUGCCUCAGCUACAAGAGGAGGUGGCUUCCCCAGCUAAUCUGACGGCAAGCCCAUUCGCAUAUUCGGAAAGUUCGCUAUCAGACUUCUCGACUCCGUCGACGGCGUUAAUACCCACGCCAGGAUCCGAAUCUUUCGAGGCUCCCCUCCCGCAAGCUGAGGUCUCAUGGCCGAUGGAUGAAGGAAAUCCUCAGAUGGAUUUGGCAUUUGACAACCCGACCAUGCCAUCGUCCUCAACGGUUGAGAUGAAUGAGUUCCCACCAUUGUUCUUGCCUUUCGACUUCAACGAGCCUUCCUUGUUUCCGUAUGGAGACGCCCAGAUGCAACUCAAUUUCAACACGGGACAGUAUCAAGUCGAUGGGAGUCUGGCCGGUGGCACUCCGAGCAUGGAUUUACCACCAGAAUUCUACUUUGAGGAAUGGAUGAACUUUCCCCAAUUCUAAGCCAUGGGGUUUAUCCAAACCCCCACUCCGUCGCUUUUCGAUUCUAUGCAUUUCUUUCUUUUCUCGUUUGAGUUCUGUAUGCAUUCCCUGGAUACCUUGUUUUUGCU